AAAAGCGGGCGCUUAUUCAAGUUCCCGGCACUGUACAUCUACUAUACGAAAAUGUAUAUUUUGAAUUAUCCUCUCAGUCAUUUGGUGGACACGACAUGGCACAACCAACGCACGCUCUGGUGGUAUACUCGUACAUACAUACCACAUAGCGUGGUGUUCUGUGGCAUAUGCCUUCUAUUUGGCGCAUACUAAGUUUUUUGUAGUAAAUACUCAUAUGUAUAUUCAACAGUUUCAACAGUUGAGCAGCCAAACGGAACGGGACGUACCGUCCAACCAACCGACUCUCUCUUUGUUUAUAAAAAAAAAAAACGUUUUUGUUGUUCUUUUUGUAUAUCAUUUUAUUUUUCUUUUGGCUAUAACCAUUAGACUAUCUAGACUAUAUUGCAUACAAGACUUUCCAUGUGCGCAUAAUUUUCAUUUCUGUAUAUCUAGUCGCUCAGUUUAAUUUUGCCUUAGUUGCGGGAAAUACGUAAAUAUUACGUAUGGUGUUAAAGUUAUUAAAAAACAGCAAUAAAAUAUGAAUUGGUUACUCUGUAUCGCGUCGGUUUUGUCGGUUUUAACGGUUGUUUUGUAUAAAGAAAGCAGCUGCUUGAUAUUGACUGAAAUCGAAGGACCAUCUUUGGUGGUAAUAGAUGAUGAAAAUGUGGACCCAAUACCAUUGAAUUGCCAUUUUAAAGUUGAGCAGGAAACCCACUCUCUGGUUGUGAAAUGGACUAAGGAUAAUAAUGUGAUUUUCCAAUACAUCAAAGGACAUGGAACCUCCGUAAUUCCGGAGUACAAAAACGAAAUAGCAGCUCUAUCCUCCGAACCGGAUGACGAACAAACAGGUAUACUUCUGAUCAAUCCGUCGAUCGAAUCGUCAGGAAUAUACAGGUGUCAUGUUCAAACUGAUGUCCAAACGAGAUCCAUGGAUAAGGAGUUGCAUAUUAUUGAUAUACAAAACUACACAUAUACGCUUCUUCCACAACGAAUUCAAAACGAAACCCAUUUGGAAUGUAACAUUGAGAAUGUGUUUCCAGAGCCAGCGCUAGCUAUUAUUCAAGCCUUUGAUGGAGAAUCAAUACCAAUUGUGUCAACGAAUUCGACGCAGUUUAGCAAUGGCAAGUUUAGCGCAAGUGCAAUAGCUGUUAUAAGAACGGAUGACGAAAGCGCAGUCGAAUAUCAAUGUAUAACAACAUUUGACGGUUUGUCAUUUAACUUAACAACGAAUGCUGAGUCAGGUAGUAUGUCUUUUAGGAGACCUGAAUGGAGCUAUCUUUUAUGGACUUCUUUAUUAGCACUUGUUACUUAUGAAAAACUUAGAUUUUAGGGUUUUAUGUCUUUACGCUGACUAACUAAUUUAUUUGUUGGAUUUGUAAAUAUUUUUUUUUGUAUAUUUGUAGAUAAAAAUAUAUAUUUAUGUAUAUUUGUAAA